UCUGUCCUCUCCAGAUCAGUGCAGGCUGUUAGCACCUGAAAUCAGGCAGAGUUUAGCAUCGUACUUGGGGGACCUCAACGAGGAGAAAGAUGAGCUGGGGGAAACCAAAGCGAAGAUCUCAAAAAAAAUGAAUUCUGCAGGCGAGGGCAAGCUAAUCGAGCUGUGUUGUCAAGUUAUACAGGCUUUUGGCACUCACGAUGUCCGGGAUGCAAGGCUGUUCAGGGACGUAUUGAGUAUUCUAGCAACAUCAACAUGUACAUGCCCCCGUCAGAUGAAUAGGGGAGGUCCCCAAGGAGCAAGAACACGGAUGCCCGAUGAAAAGACAGUUGCUAUAUCUAAAUUCCUCUAUACGAUGGCGAAAUUGGGCUGUUUUGUGCAACAGGAUGGCGAUGAUUCGUCGCUUUUGGGAAUUAUUCGACAUUUGUGCAAUGAGCUGGACCUUGAUAUUCGCCACCACGAUACAACUGCUCAGACUUUUCUUUCCGUGCAGAGCCGCACUCGCAUUCCUCACGACACAGCUUUACGUCUCUGCGUUGCCUCUGCGGUGAUGGGAACACGGUUUAGCUCUGCAGUGGACGGAAAGGAGAGGAAGGCACGAGAGGUGGUUACUUGGGAGUUAUUCCGGGUGAGUGUGGAACAGCUUGCUUUUCCUGGGAUGCAUGAUCAUGAAGAAGGCAAUGCCGCUGCUGGAGACGAUCAUCUACCCGACAAUCUUCGGCAAGAGACUUCUGAGAAAAUGGUAUCCAAGCUUCGGACUUUGACGCAAAAAUCGGCGUCAUUUGCUUUUGCCUUAGGACUGUUUCAUAGCGUCAAGCAGGAAUCGGCCACAGACAAAAGUGUAUUCUUUCGAAAAAAUCGAUUGGAGUUUCUGGACGAUAUUGAGAAAUCACUUGGCGCUCCUGGGUCUCACAAUGAGACGAGCUCUUCUUGCCUUCUAAAAAAUCACGAGCGUCCGGUUGCGCGGUUAUUAUCCAAAGUUGAGUAUCCUUAUCGUUAUCCUGGUGCCAACACUUCUGCAUCAUCUACGUCAUGGGGACGAGGAGGUAAUUUGGAGUUGGACAUAGACCUGAAAAACAGAAGCGUGGUCAAAGGUCCGCUAAAGCUUGGCCCAUUCCGUGUAUCGUUCGCAGUGCCUGUUUCCGCAAUGGAUGAGGAAGAUGGCUUUCAAAAUUGUGUCGGGAAAAACAAGGAAGGUGAAAGCUACGAACAGGCAACAAUAAGCGCUACCAGUUGUAAAGACCGCUAUAUGCUGCUCGACUGCCUAGAUGUGGCUGAUUUCUAUUUCGAACAUUUUCCAGACUCGAGGUACGAACACCUACACCAACUACGACCACAGAUUCGCGAGUUUAUCCUUGCAAAACACUUUGCUUUAAGACAAAUGGGGUUUAGGGUAGCAAUAUUGGAUUGUACGAGGCCUGCUUGGAAAGAUUGCCGCACUGACGAAGAACGUAGUGUUUUAUUAAAAAGGGUUCUUAAUGCUGGUACGGGACAGUAAAUGAUAUAGAUGUGAUUGGUGACAUUCGCUUUCAUUCCUUCAAUAGGAAGUCUUUCUCGCUCACACUGAUGUAUUGCCCCAUCGGCUCACUCUCUCGUGAUUCGCUCACUCGUUUACUCACGCACAACUCAUGGCGGU